GUUUACACAUAGCGACAUUAGACAGCUGUCGUUUCAUUUUCAGCUGAUUUUUGUAUAUGCUAGAGAAUAUUGGGAUCUCGCUUACCAAUUGUAAUACUUUGUUGAGGUGCUAAAGUGUCUUUAUAUCAGUUUUUAUCUAUUGGAUAGUUAUCAAAGGGUUUGUAAAGGGAACAAUCGAGAAGCGUAGUUUUGUAACAGCGAACAAAGGGAGAUGGUUCAUUGAGCGCGGGUGGUGCGUAGCGGACGGCCGUGACGUCACGAGACCGAGGCGUCGAGGCCGAUGCGGCGGAUGCGGAGGGCGCGCUCGUGAUCUCGGCGCUCCGGGGAGCGCGGCGAGCACGCGCAGCCGAGAGGGCCAGUCUGGCCUCCAGUGACUCGGGGGACGAGGGCGCAGGCCAGCGGCCGCCGCGCAAGCGCACCCGCAGGCUGUCGCCAGAGCCCGAGGUCAUGCACCAGCCUUGCACCAACGGUGCGGUGGACGCGCCCCACCACCUCAAUGGUGACGCGUCCACGCAGAACGGUGAUCUGCAACUGCCUGGCCUACAGAUGAGCCAGACUGACCAGGAAAUCGUCCGCCUCAUUGGCCAGCAUCUGCUCUCCGUUGGAUUAGAGCGCAGUGCAGCGCUCCUGAUGGAGGAGUCGGGUCUGCACCUGGAGCAUCCAGCUGCGGCGACGUUCCGUCAGCACGUGCUGGCCGGUGACUGGGUGAAGGCCGAUCAUGACUUGCGCGCGCUGCACGACUUGCUGCGAGACUCGCCCCACGUAGAUCCCCACAAUCUCUCCGAGAUGAAGUUCGUGGUGCUGGAGCAGAAGUACCUGGAGCACCUGGAAGCGGGGCGCGCGCUGGAUGCGCUGCACGUGCUGCGCAACGAGCUGACGCCGCUGCAGCACGACACGGCGCGCGUGCACCGCCUCUCCGCGCUUAUGAUGUGCGCGGAUGCGGCGGAGCUCCGUACGCGAGCACGCUGGCCUGGCGCUGGACCGCUGUCGCGUGCUGCAGUGCUGGCGCGUGUGCAGGCAGUGCUCCCGCCGGCGCUGAUGAUGGCGCCGGGGCGGCUGCGCGCGCUGCUGGCGCAGGCCGUGGCGCAGCAGGCGGCGCGCUGCCGCUUCCACGCGGCGCCGCGCCCCGCGCCCCCCGACCACAUCCCCUACUCGCUGCUGGCCGACCACCACUGCUCGCCCGACCGCUUCCCCAUACACCCGCUGCAGGUGCUGAACGAGCACUGCGACGAGGUGUGGUACUGCAAGUGGUCACCGGACGGCUCUAAGCUGGCCUCUGGCUCCAAAGACAACACCGUCAUGAUAUGGGACUACGAUCCUGUUGCCAAGCGACUCAACUUCAGGAAGUCGUUCGACGGGCACUCGUUCGGCGUUUCGUACCUCGCGUGGAGUCCAGACGGCCGCUAUCUGUUGUCGGCCGGUCACGAGGACUGUCCUGAUAUCUGGAUCUGGAACAUGGAGACGGAGCAGCUGCACGUGAAGAUGUCGCACUCGAGCGAGGACUCGCUGACGGCGGCGGCGUGGCAGCGCGGCGGCGACAAGUUCGUCUGCGGCGGCGCGCGCGGCCAGUUCUACCAGUGCGGCGCGGACGGCGCGCUGCUCAACUCGUGGGACGGCGUGCGGGUCAACGCCCUGGCGUGUCGCAGCGACGGCCGCGUGCUGGCCGCCGACACGCACCACCGCGUGCGCAGCUACGACUUCACCGACCUCACCGACCGCAACGUGAUCCAGGAGGAGCACGCGGUGAUGGCGAUGACACUGAACGCGGCCGAUACCCUACUGUUGCUCAACGUUGCCAACCAGGGCGUACACCUCUGGGACAUACGUGCUCGGGCGUUAGUGCGUCGGUUUCGGGGCCUGAGCCAGGGUCACUUCACCAUACACGCGUGCUUCGGUGGCGCUCAGCAAGACUUCAUCGCGUCCGGCAGCGAGGACAAUAAGGUUUACAUCUGGCACAUGAACGGCGAGGAGCCGAUCGCGGUGGUGUCGGGCCACACGCGCUGCGUGAACGCCGUGUCCUGGAACCCGGUGCACCACGACGUGCUGGUCUCCGCGUCCGACGACUUCACGCUGCGCCUGUGGGGGCCCCGCGAGGCGCGCGACCCCCGCGACCCCCCGAGCCCGCCCGCCGCCCGCGACCCCCCGCCGCGCUCCUAGCCCCCGCGCCCCUCGCGCCCCACGCGCCCCCCGCCCGGCUUCUCCUGGAGCGAGCUGCUGCAGCACGGCCCGGCGCCGGCCCGCUUCUACCGAUGAUCCCGCACGUACGUGCGUCUCCUUCGCCUUUCCAAUAGAUACGUUCAAAUUAUGUCCUCUGUUUAUUUAUUUUACAAAUAAACGGAUUAUACACGGCAAACGACACUUACGAAUAGAUAACGUUAUAUUGCAUUUUUCCAGCUAAGUGUUUUUGAAAUAUUUUCGGCAUAAUCAAGGGAUGUUACAGUAUUUCAGGGGUACAUAACACUUGGGUCAUUAC